GUCACCACCAGUCCUUUCAUUCUUCCUUAUCCUCCUCGAACUAAACCAUAUAAUCACUAUAAAUCUCAACUUCAUUCCUUAAUUCCCUCAUAAUUUGUUCAACGAUUCUCAUAACUUUCACACCAACAUGUUUGGCAUCUUCUUCGGAUGGCGAAAAGCUUCCAAAUGUAAGAAGCUGAUCAAACAAGUUCAAUGCCGCCUCAAGCUGCUGAAGAACAAAAAGGGUAUAAUCACGAAGCAAAUGAAGGAAGAUGUCGUGCAACUCAUUAGAAAUGGGUAUGAUCAAACCGCCUUCAGCAGGGUGGAGCAGAUAGUAAAAGAUGAAAACAGAGUGGCGGCGUAUGAAAUUUUGGACAAUUUCUGUGAAUUCAUACUCCUAAAUCUAUCUUAUAUACGCAAACACAGAGACUGUCCCAAUGAUGUUAAUGAAGCAGUUUCAAGCCUCAUGUUUGCCGCAGCGAGAUGUGGGGAUCUUCCUGAGCUGCAGCAUAUAAGGAAGCUGUUUGGAGAGCGUUAUGGGCGUAGGUUUGAAAGUUCGGCCGUUCAGCUUGGUCCAGGAAACCUUGUAAAUUGCCAGAUAAAAGAGAAGCUCUUAAUAAAUUCGGUGUCGGAUGAUGAUAAGCAGAGAAUGAUGAAUGAAAUUGCUAGAGAUUGCCUCCAACCUCAGCUUUUAGCUCUUCAAUACCGUUCAGAUUGGCACCAAAAUCAGGUAGUGGCAAGGAUUGCAAAAGCUGAUGAAAAACCAGACCAACACAUAAACCAAGCUAAUUCAGGAACAAGCAGUUCUUGUGACAGUUUGCCUCAGUUCCCAGAGGAAAGGAUUGUUUAUCUUGACGAUGUGGUUGAGCUUUGUUCUUCAACCAACAUAGAGGGAGAUCAGAGACUCUUCAAAUUCAAGACAGCCGCCACUCUCCCAAAGACAGAGAUUACCCAACACAACUCCAACCAAACUGACACUGACCGAACUGAAUCUCGUACUGACAUAGAGAACCCCAGCUCAAAAAUCUCUAUCAAAGGAUCAAUGGGGACUGAGGGAAAGCACCAAAUCAAAGGCAAAAACUUCACAACCGUUCAAAAUGGAUCAGAAGGAGCAACAGAUAAGGAAAUGGAAUGGGCAAGUUUCUACAAGAAACCAGGAAGGAGGAGGACAAAGAGAAGUGAGCUGCCAUCAAGCUCUGAUCUGAGUUCUACAACAUAUGAUGUCUUCACUUAUAAUGGCAACAAGAAAGUUGCAGCAAAUGAUACAAAAUCAAACGCCAUGGAGAAUUGUGAAGAGAUGAAGCUUCCAAGUUCAUUGAGGAACAAAAGGGAGGCUCUUUAUUUAAGGGCAGAGACAAUGCCACCAGAACGACCAAAAGAGAGCCAGAGAGUGAAUUUUUGUCGUACAAAUUCAUGCCCGGAUAAGAAACCUACCCAUGUUCAUCCAAAGUUGCCAGAUUAUGAUGAUAUUGCAGCAAAGUUCAUGGCUUUGAGAAGACAACACCUCCAAAAUAAUACCCUCAAAUCUUAGUUUUGGAUUCAGCUAGCAAAAGGGUGUUGAUUUCCCUGCAAAUCAUGUAAAAAACAUGAGGAUAAUUGAACUGUACAUUCGUGUAGUUGAAGGAAUUGAUUCAUUAAAGCGUAUGCCAAGAUGGGUCUGGCUUGUUUUAGGCAAGUGUAAGGCUUGUUUUGGGUUUUGGGCCUUGGUGCUCUGCCCAUCGCACAUGAAGAAUUAGAUGCUCAUAUCUCUCGCCUAUUGUUCAACAUCAGUCGGUUCGGACAUACACUUAGUUUCACCUUAGUUAUGGAUUGUUCACGUUGAAUCCUCGAGUACAUAAAGGCUUGCUUUUGAGAUGAUUUUAGUGGGUUUGCAUAACCGAGCCACUACCUAUGAGUUAUUAACUCAUUCUUCAAAAAUCACUCCAACAGAGUCUUGUCUCCUUUCGUUGCUUGAAAACUUACAA